CCAACAGUGCAAGAGGGUUCCCUUUUCUCCACACCUUCUCCAGCGUUUAUUCUUUGUAGAUUUUUGAUGAUGGCCAUUCUGACCGGUGUGAGGUGAUACCUCAUUGCAGUUUUGAUUUGCAUUUCUCUAAUGAUCAGUGAUGUUGAGCAUCCUUUCAUGUGUUUCUUGGCAGUCCGUAUAUCUUCUUUGGAGAAAUGUCUGUUUAGGUCUUCUGCCCAUUUUUGGAUUGGGUUGUUUGUUUUUUUGAUAUUGAGCUGCAUGAGCUGCUUGUAAAUUUUGGAGAUUAAUCCUUUGUCAGUUGCUUCAUUUGCAAAUAUUUUCUCCCAUUCUGAGGGCUGUCUUUUGGUCUUGUUUAUGGUUUCCUUUGCUGUGCAAAAGCUUUGAAGUUUCAUUAGGUCCCAUUUGUUUAUUUUUGUUUUUAUUUCCAUUUCUCUAGGAGGUGGGUCAAAAAGGAUCUUGCUGUGAUUUAUGUCAUAGAGUGUUCUGCCUACGUUUUCCUCUAAGAGUUUGAUAGUGUCUGGCCUUACAUUUAGGUCUUUAAUCCAUUUUGAGUUUAUUUUUGUGUAUAGUGUAGGAAGUGUUCUAAUUUCAUUCUUUUACAUGUAGCUGUCCAGUUUUCCCAGCACCACUUAUUGAAGAGGCUGUCUUUUCUCCAUUGUAUAUUCUUGCCUCCUUUAUCAAAGAUAAGGUGACCAUAUAUGUGUGGGUUUAUCUCUGGGCUUUCUAUCCUGUUCCACUGAUCUAUAUUUCUGUUUUUGUUCCAGUACCAUACUGUCUUGAUUACUGUAGCUUUGUAGUAUAAUCUGAAGUCAGGGAGCCUGAUUCCUCCAGCUCCAUUUUUCUUUCUCAAGAUUGCUUUGGCUAUUCAGGGUCUUUUGUAAACAGACACUUUUCAUAUGAUCCAGCAAUCCUCCUCCUGGGAUUCACCCUAAAAAAUUAAAACUUAUAUUCCCUUAAAAAGCUGUACACAAAUAUUUAUAACAUCUCUAUUCAAAAAACAAAAUCUCUAUUCAAAAUAGGCCCAAACUAGAAACAACCCUAUUGUUCUUUGACAGGUAAAUUGAUAAACCGAUACAUCCAUACAAUGGAAUAAUAUUCCAUAAAAAAGAACUAACUCUUGUACAACAUGAAUGAAUCUCAAAAGCAUUAAUGCUAAGUGAAAGAAGCCAGUGGAAGAAGGUUAUGAUUCCAUUUAUAUGAAGUUUUAGAAAACGCAAAAGCAGGUUGCCAGGGGCCAAGAGAUUUAGGGGGAAGGGAUUGACUGCAAAGGCGCACAGGGAGCUUUUUGAGAUGAUCACAAUUUUUUUCUAUCCUGAUUGUGGUGGUAGUUACAAGAAUGACACAUUUUAAAAUACAUAUCAACUGUACACUAAAAAUGAGUGUGCUUUAUCACAUGUGAUUUAUACCUCAAUAAAGCUUAUUAUUAGAAACAAAAAAGGAAUGUGUUUAGAUUUUUUAUCAAUUGACCCAGGAGGAUGUCCGUGAUGUAUUGUUAUAGGAGAAAAGCAAGUUACAUAGUAGCACAUGUAGUGUGAUCACCUUAAAUAAAACAACACUGAAAAAACCCCUCUGUAUCCCUCUAUAUGUGUAGUGAUAUUUGCAAGCUUGUAGAGAAGUCUUGGGCAGAAGAACACACACUAAGCUGGUAACACUGGUUACAUCAUGUGGCUAAGAAAGAGGGGGAGAGUAUUACGUUUUUCUUUAUACAUCUUUGGAUAGUUUCAUGUUUUACAAUGAUUUAUCAUGAAAAUAAAGGGAAUAUGAAAAUAAUAAGGAGAUGUGUAUGUAGGAGGAACUUUGGUGGAGGGAGAGGUCCACUGUACCAGUGCAGGGAGGUCAAAGGGAUCAAGAUAAGGUCAUUAAACGUGACAAAAAGGAGAUCUUUGGUAACCUCCGAGAGAGCAUCUUAAGUAGUGAGGUGGGGGCAGAAGUCAGGAUGUGAUGCAUGGAAGAAAAGCAUGGACUGGAAAGAAAGGCUUUGGGUAUGGACCACUUGUUUAGGAAGUUUGGUUGUAAGAGGCAGUUAAGAAACAGACAGUUAAGAAGGGAGCCACAGCAACAGUUGGAGGGUUUUGUGAGUAGAGGACAAGGAUACUUAUGGCUUCUUGAAGGCCAAGAAAAGAGAACCAGGACUUCCCUGGUGGCUCAGUGGUUAAGAAUCCGCCUGCCAGUGCAGGGGACACAGGUUCGAGUCCUGGUCCAGGAAGAUCCCACAUGCCGCGGAGCAACUAAGCCCAUGUGCCACAGCUACUGAGCCUGCGCUCUAGAGCCCGCGAGCCACAACUACUGAAGUCCGCAUGCCUAGAACCCGUGCUCCGCAACAAGAGAAGCCACUGCAAUGAGAAGCUUGCGCACCGCAACAAAGAGUAGCCCCUGCUCGCCGCAACUAGAGAAAGCCCGAGCGCAGCAAUGAAGACCCAAUGCAGCCAAAAAUAUAAUAAUAAUAAAUAAAUAAAUUUAUUUAAAAAUAAUAAAAAGAAAAGAAAAGAGAACCAGUGGACAGGAGCUCACCAAAGGAACUGAAGAAUGGUAUAAAAUGGUGGUGAGACAGCCCUUGAGAUGGGAGGGGAGGGAUUGCAAGGACAGAAAUAAAGAGUUCUCAUUUCCCUAGAAUUCAGUUUUGUUUCAUUCACGGCUGUCACAGACCUAGGAACACACCUUUCCCAAUCCCUGUCUCUAGUCUAAAGAGCCCAACUUCCUAACAGGCAACUGGGCCCUGAUCUGGAGCAUCACCUGUGUGACCUAGUGCAGGUCACUCAGGCUCUGUAAACCUCAGUUUUCUCAUUAGUAAAAUGGGAUAAAUAAUAGUACCUACCUCAUAUUGUUGUUGUGAGAUAACGCAUUCAAAGAGCUUAGUUUGCUGCUCAACUGCUGGUCUGGGGGCAGUCUCUCUGACCUGUUGUGGCCUGGGCCGUAUAAUCAGUGAUGUCACAAUGCCCUACUAGACUCCAGCUUCUCUAUUAGGGAGUUGCAGAUCCUUUGGAGCUAAGGACUGGAACUGACAUGCGAGACCUCUCCCAACUGAGGGUUUCAUGAGCAUACUCCUUUGUCAAGAUCUUGGUGAAUAGUCUUUUGCUGUGCAAUCGUGUCUUAGAAAUUGUUUUACUUAUUAGCAUGAUCGUGCUUGGCUGGAUGCUUUUUGUUGGAUUUAUGGGCACAUUGGGCACAUUUCCAGAGUUUGUGCCUCCAACUCUGAAAUGGAAGGAGAGGUAGGCUGUUCAGGAGAGCAAGACACACCUGAGGAGCUGGAUUUUGGAUGAAGAUCUGCAGCUGUGAGUGGGCGUGAAGAUUCCGGUGGAAAUAAGCAAAGAUGAUCCUGGUGAAGUAAUGCAGCUCUGAAGCUUUCCUGACCAGCUGUAGUACUGUUCCUGUUGGUUUCACAUAAAGUAAUUGCGUACCA